AUGUACGUUAAGAUUUUAUUUGUUGUAAUAUUGUUAGGUGUAUUCGUUAGGGCAUCUGAUAACGAGACGAGAUCUAACGAUAGAUUCAACUUUACAACCAAGGAUACAAAUAUUACCGAUGAUAAAGGAUUUUUUGAUUGGCUUUAUGCAUUAAUUGGCAGACCGAUACCAACCGCAACACCAAUACCAGAAAUAAUUGAAUCUCAGAAAUGUCUUUCGUCCUGCGUGUGUGGUUUGACAAACACACAGAACCGAAUAGUGGGUGGUGUCGAAACGAAAGUAAACCAAUAUCCGUGGAUGGCAUUGUUAAAAUAUAAGAAACGUUUCUAUUGCGGUGGAUCUGUUAUAAAUUCAAGAUACGUUUUAACAGCAGCUCACUGCGUUGACAGAUUUGAUCCAAGUUUAAUGUCCGUCGUUAUUUUGGAACACGAUCGAAAUUCUACUACGGAAACCCAAAUACAAGAAUAUAAAGUGGAACAAGUUAUAAAACAUAGUGGUUAUUCAUUCGUUAAUUUUAACAAUGAUAUAGCUUUAAUCAAAUUGAACAGAGUUAUCACGUUUGAAGGUUUAAUGAGACCUGUAUGUUUACCGGACAAAGGAAAAACGUAUUCUGAUUCGAUUGGUAUUGUUACUGGAUGGGGCGCUGUUGAAGAAUCAGGAUCCGUUUCAAAUACCUUGCAAGAGGUUAUGGUUCCUAUUAUCUCUAACAGUGUGUGCCGUUCAUUGAACUAUCCAUCAAAAAGAAUUACAGAUAAUAUGAUAUGUGCUGGAUACGCACAAGGAAACAAGGAUUCUUGUCAAGGUGAUAGCGGAGGUCCGUUACAUGUUCUUAACGAUACUGUUCAUCAAAUCGUUGGUAUAGUAUCAUGGGGUGAAGGAUGUGCGAAACCCAAAUAUCCAGGAGUUUACACUCGAGUAAAUCGAUACCUUACAUGGAUUCAGCGUAACACUUUAGACGGUUGUUAUUGCUGACAUAGAAAUAUUAAUGAUCGAAAGAGACUGAUCAAAAUAAUUUUAAAUGAUCCUAAUAUUUGCAUACGUGAUACUCGAUAAUACUGGACAUGACGUUACAGUAAAACAAAACAGUG